AAGAUGUGUACAGAACAAAUUUGUCAAAUCGUCGGUAGGAUAAAUCAACUCAACCAUUCAGUAACAUUAGCAUUAUCGUUUUGUACCGAAAUAUCAGACGAGUACAAUCCGCUGAGGAAUCAGAUGGUGCCUCCACCAAACCCGUCACAGGACUGUGCCAAGCAUAUUGAGAUCAAGUACAUGAAUAUAUCGGAGCCAUUGUUUUGGUAUGUUGCUACCAGUGUCAUUUAUUGUGGAUACACGUGUGAGAUAUCAUUAUGUGAUAUACUGCCCAGUAAAGUACCGAGUGAAGACAACCUUUACUUACCUCAGAUGGCUCCCAUCCACUCACCUGCUCAUACAGCAAAAUUCAGAUUUAAUAUCGUAUCAAUACCACAUGACGUAGUUGAGCGUCUCGCCUGCCAAGCGGCAAUAUCUGCACAUGUGGUUGAGUGUGUGUUAGACAAGUGUUAUGUAGGGCCUCCUCCGGAUGUCUGGUCAUUGAAGGAAAAGAUGGAGGAAGACCCUGCCAUUCAGAUCGAGAAAUUCAAGUUUGAACCAAACAGCGACAACCCUAACAGCUUGUGGCCCGAAAGUUAUAAGGCGGACAAAACAUGGGACAUUCGUUUUAAAGCAAAGGCAAAGAAGUCUGCACUCGCAGAGUCCACUGCAGAGAAGCCCGAAGUUACGGAAUAAACACGCAUGUAGAACGGACGUCGGAAUGUUUGACAACGUGCGAUCACCACGGAGAGUUCAUUCAUGCUAAGUGUUAUUAGAACGUUUUACACAAUUAGUGCCUGCAUGGCGACUUAGAGUUCAAAAAGGCAAAGUGUAACAACAGAAUUGACACAAUUGGUGCCUGCAAUGGGGAUACUAGAGUACACUCAUGCAAAGUGUAAGAAAACAAUGUGCACAAUUUGUGACCCUGAAACGUAUUUUGAAUUGCUUUUGUAGAUACUUAAAUUGCAAAUUCAUUUUAGCAUAUAUUUCUGUAAAUAUUCUCCUUUUUCACAAGGUAUAUAAAUGUCCCUUUUCUUGAAUAAUAUGUAUCGUUUUUUUUAAAAGAACUUUUGAAAAAU